UAAGCAUACAUCCAACGUGCACGCGCGGGAGAACUGCUGGAGCCAUGGCCACAAUGCCAGUCGCGUUGAUGCCGGAGGAUCCUGAGUUUGAUGAGGAGGCCCAAGCCACCCACUCCAGCGGCUGGGCGGUGCAACGGCUCCGCUUCGCCCACGAGGCGCAGCUGAGCCCAGGCUUCGACGCUCCUCCGGCUCCGACCCGCGCGGUCUUCCGCGGCUUCAUGCUUUCGCGGCAGCGCCGAGCGUUUCUCCACGAGAGCUUGAUGGCGCAGGGGCUCGAGCUCGUGGUUUCGCCUUCGCAAUAUAGCAACGCUCACUUCUUCCCUUCCACCUAUGAUGCCCUCCGAGCGCUCGCCCCGCGCGCGACCUGGCAGCCGGUGGAUCUGAGCUCGGAACCGCGGGCCGAGCUCUUCCAGGAGGCGGUGGCGGUCGUACAGAGUUGGAACUGCCGCUACGUGGUCUUGAAGGAUUACGUGAAGAGUGCCAAGGCGCAGGGGAGCCGCUUCCUCCAAGUGCCCGUCGACGAGGAUCUUGCCGAGGUGGCCAUGGACUUUGUCCGCGCGCGAGGUGAGCGCUUCAAUGAAGGUGUGGUGUUCAAAGAGUACGUCGAGUUGAUGAGAUACGCUGGUCGCGCUGGGUACACCACCAACGAAUGGCGCUUGUGGUUUAUGUGCCAGCAACUGGUGAAGGUAGCUGCGAACUCCUUCCAGGAAGAGGCAGAUGAGCCUCCCAAAGAGGUCCUAGAACAGGUGACGGAGAUGGCCCAGUCCAUCGACAGUCCCUACUUCACCAUUGACCUGGCAGAAACCUCCACAGGCUGGACAAUCUUGGAGGCUGGUGAUGGCUCCGUGUCGGGCCUGGGCGUUUACGAAGAUCCAGCAGAGCAUUGGCAGCUGCUGGCAGCACACUUUGGCGAAGACGCUGCUUGAAUCGCAGUGAAUGACAACGACCUCAUCAAAUUUCGCAUCAGCUGGAAAUGACCUCGAGCAUUGAUGGCUCAGACCCCUACUCAUGACAAGGGACUGAGUGAAUUGAUUCCGCAGCUCUGAAUGAAGCUUUCACGAGCUUUCAUCGGCCGUUUUUUCGUUUCCCAGUUUUUUGUUGGUCUCGUGGAUGUCGUUGUGUUGCAAUUAAUUGACAGUUGCAGAGAGCAUGCUUUGGAUUGUUUUGGCUUGAUGUGCUUCCACAUCAGGCUUUGUGUGUUCAGCACUUCUGCUUGAAGCCCAAAGCCAGCUCCAGCUGUGCUGCCUUGUACAGACUCGCAGCCAAGCUGGGCGGAGUGAUGUACAGAAAUGGACGCGCUUCAACAAAAAAUUGUUCGAUAGCCCUCGACAUCAUGGCCUGCCC